AUGUAUUCUUAUAAUUUUACGUCUUUAUCUACUUUCUCGCUGUUGAGCAGCUUUCUUUUGGUCGCGUUGGUAGAUGCGUAUCCUACACAUUUAUAUCCGAGUUUGAGAUCGAGAUUGGCUGAUGCUUCUACAUCUCCAUCUAUAUCCAGCAACUCACAACCCAUUUCUCCAUCCCGCGAAGGAACCCUUUUUGUUCAUCUCCCGACUACCCAGAAUAUUGAUUAUUCUCAUCCUCCCUCGAGCUCACCCCUCUCCAUCCCCUACACCCUCACCUCGACCUGCCCUCAGAUCCUCCCUACAGACCGUAAUUCUUUAACUUCGGAUCUACUCGCCAAGAUCUUACUACUGUAUCCGGAGGGUCCUACUUCUUCUCCUUAUUAUACGUUUUCGGCUGGUGAUGAUGGUGAUGAUGCUUCGAAGACGCAAGAUACAUAUUCGAUAACGCAAACGGCGGGAUUGGCUACGGGGGUUAAGGGGGUGGAAUACAGGAGCUCAUUGUAUAUUUCUGUGAUGACGAGGGUGGGGAAGGGGAAGGGGGGAUAUGGAGGGGAUGUGGGGGGAGAGGAGUGGAGGGGGUUGAUGGGGGUUUUGGGUGGGUUAAAUAAGGGACUGGGGAGGGAGAUGGAAAGAGAAACGAGGGGACAGGGAUUUGGGAAAUUGGUGGUGGGGGGGAAGUUUCCGGUGUUGAGGGGGCGUGAGGAGGGUCUUGAUGUUGAUGUUGAUGAGGAAGGGGAAGGGGACAGGGUGGAGAAGGAGAGAAAAAUCAACAAGAAAUUGGCACCCUCGGAUAUUAUACUACCCUCUUAUCCUCAUGAAUUGGUGAGAGAUUGGGACGGAGAGAGUGCGAAGGGAAAAGAAGAUAAAGUGGGAAAAAAGGAAGAAAAGAAGGAAACAGAAGAGGUUUCAUUUGAAUGGAAGGCGACGUGGGUAUAUUAUGGUGUUGUGACGGAUGAGAAUGGAGGAGAGGUGGUGAGGGAAUGUGGGCAGAUGCCGUUGGGGUUGGAGGUGGAGGGGGUUUUUGAGAGUAGGGGGGAAGAGAGUGAGAAUGGGAGGAAAGAGGAGGAGGUGGAGGAGGAAGAGGGGAGGUGGAAGAUUGAUUUGUAA